UUGAAGAAAAUGAGAGACAAAGUAGUCUUCUCAAAACCCGCUCAGCUGUUCAAGCUUUCAGUAAUAAUGGAAAAUGCUUGCAGCGAUGAUGAGACCGACCGUGAAGGAACCAGUGAAGGGCCAAAUCGACAUGGUCUACCUUGCUUGGUGCGAAAUCUGGAAUGGCGUAGUGAAAAGUUAAGUCACGUUUGCAUUCUACUAGAUGAGUACACGGAGCAAAGAAAGGCUAGCAUACCCAAUUCAGCGGGAAAGAAGACUGGUCGCCCCUCUCGACCAAGAAUCCGUCAAACAAAUGCGCCUCUAAGCUCACUCCCAGCACCUUACGGGUUACCCAUAGACUGUUACUCCUCCGAGUGGCUUCAACACGUGAAAUCCGAAGACCCCUUAUUUUAUGGUCAGCUAGAUAUUGAUCAAGUCCCGGUCUUGGACGAGGUUGUCCUUUUUUUGGAAGGAUUAUAAGUUUUAUUGUUUUUCUUGCCUUGAUGACACUGGAUGUCAACGUGUUUGACACACUG